GCCUCGAAUGACACAAUUUAGAAAGCCACACGACUGCACGGACGGAGAUUCGUUGUGGCACCACCCGGAUACCGGAAGUGUCGGACUAGCGGGUCACGUGAUGUCAUGGCGGCGCUAAAGAGGUUUUGCUUGCCGCUGUUUCGAGGUCCUGGCUUGUUUCUCUGCCCUCAAGUCUUCUACUCAUUUAGACCGAGUCGUCAGUGUACACUAUGUCAGCGAAACUGUAUUACAUCUUCCACCCUUGAGCAGCGACCCUCUUCUCAGACUUGCUUUGACAACAGUGAAGACCAGAACCAGGCUCCGCUUGAUUCUCUCUACACGCCUGAGCAGUGUGCGACGAUUCUGCAUGUCCUGAACACUGCAUCCGAGAGUGAGCUGGCAGCUGUGAAGCUGCUGCGGGGCCGCAAGGCAACCAACAUUGUUGAAUACCGAGGCAAACAUGGCCCCUUCCUUGACCUGAACAGUGUCCUUAGUGUUCCCCUGCUGAAGCACAAAACGACAGCUAUUGUGUUCAGCUCUAUCCUUAGCCCUUCUUCAGUACCAGCAAGGAAAGUGUCCAAAGGAACAACUGUAAAGUUCAUCAAGCCCGAAGUGGAUAGGGAAAUACUAAAGGCAAGUAAUGCAGAGAGCAUAGUGUCGAUAGUGUAUGGCACGAAUAGGAUUGCAUGGGCUCACAUGGAUCACAAGUGUGUAGUCCAGGAUUGGCAACAAGCAGAGUGUCCAGCAUUCAUGAGGGGUACCUACCUGGCUGCAGUGUAUUUGGAGGAUAUUUCUACCAUCGCAUCCAGGAUUCCACAAGCAGAUUUGUAUAUUCUGGAGAAAAGUGCACUCUCUCUUCAAAACACCAACUUGUUUCCCAUUAUGCUGCAUCUACGUACAGUUGAAGCAAUGCUCUUCACUCUGUUGGCUGCUAGGUUCAAAGAGGAUAACUACCCAAGGGUACUGAACAUGCAGCGUAUAAGUGUUGGCAAGCAUUUUGGUCUCAUGGUGGGGGAAUCGAGAACAAGUGGAAUCACAUUAUUGCAGCAGAUGUUGUGCGACUCUGUAAUGCAGAAACACUCAAGGGUAUAUUUUCCUAAGGACAUGGUGGUGCGGUAUAAGAAUAUGUUUCAGCCAGGUGCAAGAAAUCGAAGGGAGGAGAUGUGUGAUGCUUUACUACAGGCCAUAGCAUUUUAUGAAUUACUGUCCAGCACCUAAUAUUUAGGGUGUGAAUUAUGUGAAAGAAUGUACAAAAGUACAAGACAUCUGAUGGGUGUGGGUGAUCACAGUAUGUGGAUAGAUAAAACACCAGUAAGAAUUCUUCAUGCACAGUAUUUUCAAACACCUUUUUUCUUAUUACAGCGCAGUAUUUAUUUGAUUGAGAUAUGAAAUCUGGC